AUGUCCGAAACGAAUUUAUCUUUUUCAUCAACAAACCAGUCUGGGUCUGGUAUAAGAAGAAGAGAUAAUAGAUGUUGGUGUGAGCUUGAGUCACCGUUGAUGACGUCAUGGACAUACGAUAAUUCCGGAAGAAGAUUUCAUGGGUGUGGUAAUUUUAAGGUGAUGAGAAAAAAAGGAUGUAAUUACUUUCAGUGGGUUGAUGAAGACAUGAGCAGUCGUGCUAAAGAUGUGAUAAGAUCUUUGAAAGACAAGAAUGAGGAGCUCAUGGAUGUGAUUAAGGACAUCAAGAAAAAUGAAGAUUUGUUGAAGAUGAAAAUUAGGUUUAUGUAUUAUUUUGUGGGGUUGUCUUUGAUGGUUGUCUUUUUAAUUGUGUUUGCAUUAGUUGCAACACAUGUACUCAAAUGA